AUGGCUUCAAACACGCCCAAGACGCCAUCUUCUGGCGCCUCGCCUGGGAGCCUUCAUCGGCCUCAUAACCCCGCAACUACCGGGAGGCAAGUAGGCCACGCAACAAUUCCCCACGACCGACCCGUGGCCCUCAUGACUUCAGGCGCUCCUCUGCUAAAUCCACGUAGCUGCGUUACCUGUCGCAGGCGCAGAGUCCGAUGUGACAAGACGAUGCCCUGCAGCAACUGUCGGCGGGCUCAAUGCGAUUGCAUCUACCCUGCUCCGGGCCGCGCGCCACGUCAGACGCGGCUUGCGCCUACAGGUACUGCUACAGGUCAGAGCGAGCGUGAGAUCGAUCUCUUGGAUCGAUUACGGAAGCUUGAGGGGCUUGUUCACGAGAUGAGUGGUCAAGGUGCAGCUAGUGGGAAUGACAUGGAAGUGAGCAAUGGAGAAUCACCACUAGCUUCAGAAAAGAACAAGAGUGCAAAGGAUGUCGUUCAAGCAGCCACUGAGAAGGUCAAGAGAGAGUCAGAGAGCACCGAUUUCUCAAAGAUCAAUAAACAGCUUGGCCGUUUAGUACUCCAUGAUGGAGACUCCACGCCGCGAUACGUCAAUAGUGGCUUCUUCGUCAAGCUCAACGACGAGCUCGCUGAAAUCCGCAACGAGAUGGAGACUAUGAACGAGGAAGAAGCCGAGUUUGAAGAUGACACGACUCCCGAGCAGUCCCCUCCACAGAACUUGGGUCUCGAGCAUGAUCACCACAGCUUCCUUUUUGGCUAUAGCUCUGCCGAUGUUGACCUUACAGGCCUUCAUCCGUUGCCCGCGCAAGGCUCUUUCCUUUGGCAGAUCUAUCUCGAGAAUAUUGAACCUCUUGUCAAGGUGUUGCACAUUCCCACCAUGAGCAGACUCAUGACUCAAGUGAGGCGUGGAGAGCAUGAUCUGCGUCCUGGAGAUGAAGCGCUUGUGUUUGCCAUCUAUUAUUCAGCUGUGACUUCGAUGGAGACACAAGAGGUUGAAGCAAAUCUCGGCGCGUCUCAAUCUCACUUCAUUUCUCAAUUUCGUUUCGCUCUUGAACAAGCUCUAGCCAAGUCUAAUCUUCUCAACACCACCAACAUGGCUAUGCUGCAAGCAUUUGUUAUCUAUCUCACCGUAGUCAAAUGUCACGAUGAUAGCAAAUUCGCUUGGACGCUUACCAGUCUCUGUGUCCGAAUGGCUCAAGCCCUUGGUCUCUACCGCGAUGGUCAGCAGCUUGGCCUCUCACCGUUUGAGGUUGAGAUGCGCCGUCGUCUUUGGUGGGCCAUUGUGUCUCUUGACGUCCGUUCUGCUGAGGAAAUGGGGUCUGAUCUGAUCAUAGACGACAAGACCUUUGACACUCAACUCCCAUCGAACAUAAACGACGCUGAUAUUGACCCAUCUUUUACCAAGACACCAACUCCCCGUCAAGGCCGCACUGACUCCGCCAUCUGCCUCUCACGUUACGAGAUUACCGCCCUGUCUCGAGGCUUAUUCACAGCCAUAGCGCAAAUGCGUCCUGUCGAUCCUAAAGAGAUAGAAAAAAGCCUUGAAGAGCGCGAGUGCAUGCUAGUUGAAGUCUACGAACGCAUGGAGGAUAAGUUUCUGAAACAUCUUAUGAGGGAAGAUGACCCUAUUUUCUGGGUUGCUUCUCUUAUUUCUAGAAUCAUGAUGGCAAAGGUUGGUCUCAUCAUAUAUCAGCCUGUGCUAUUCCCCGGGACGGGCCUGGAGGUAUCAUACGAGAUCCGAAGCCGGUUGUGGCAGUCUUGUAUUGAGAUCGUUGAGUACAGCCACAUUCUCAAUAUUGACCCCAGCUGCAGGCAAUGGCGCUGGCUGUUCAAGUCCUACCGUCAAUGGCACGCAAUCGCAUGCAUGCUGCUGGAACUCUCGAAACGGCCUUGGGGUGUCACUUCGGAGCGAGCAUGGGAAGCUGCACAAAUUCUCGAGUACGAUCACCCAAUCGAUGGCAGCAACAAAACAAAUCAUACUGCUGCAUGGAUGCCUAUUAAAAGGCUCUUCACUAAAGCCAAACGACAUCGUGAAUCAGAACUUGUUCGGUUACGCGCUGAUCCUGAGGCAGCGAGACGUCUCGAUCGUGAGGAGAGAAUCAAACCUGUACUGGAACGCAUUGGUCCUGCGCCCGGAAUGGAGACCCGCAUGUCAGAACUCCGAGCCCGAUGGCGAAAGAUAUUUCGGCCGGGAGACUUCUCCGAUGAUACCGUGUACCAGAGCAUUUUACCCAGCGCAGAUCAACCUGCGUCCUUUCCGCAAACCCAGCAACAGGCCCAACAGCCACUCGACCAAAUGAGUGUAUUCGACCCUAACACCUGGCAAAACAUUCACUCGGGCAAUCCAAACAUUUCCAUAUACUACGAAGGGGUUGAUUCUGGAGCGCAGAACAUGGGUAGUCUUUUCCCAGGGGAUGGUAGCCUUGGAAGUCUCUCAAGCAUUGCAUCGCCCGCCAUAUCAGGGACUGCAUCUACACAUAGGAACGACAACGAUCGUCAAGCACUUGGAGGUGCUCGCCUAUCACCAUGGCCAGGUUCAGAUAUAUUUCAGCACACGCAAGAUCCAGGUGCUCUCGGUGAUAUCGAUGAGCUUUUACAAAAUAGAGCCGGGCCCAAUCCUGGUCUCGACCUAAACAUGGAUCCUGGCGAAGUUGAUGAUAUCGAUUGGCGGAACUGGGAUGAGACUUUAAGGACUUUGAGUAGGCCUACGAUGGAUCAAAUGGGUGCGGGUGCCGGUAGUUGGGGUGGCAUGUGA